AUGGACACGCAACUUCCCGUCUUCUCGGGCACAUUGAAAGUCCACGCGUGCCACCUCUUCUGGUGCACACCCGUGCAGUUGACAUACCACCGCCAGGAUUAUCGUCAUGCACUGCCUGUGCUGCUGGUCCGACGUCCCGGCAUUCUCGGCGGUGAGUUUCGCGUCCCUCUUGAUCCGUGCAUCCACCCCGUGCGUCUCCUGCCUAUGACCAAGAGGAUGGCAUCAAAGCUGGAGUUUGGGCUCGAGUACGGAUGGUACACCAAGCAAGUCCGUCUACGAGCACCUGACGCCCCCACGUAUCGACAAUGGACGAGUCUCCAGCAACGGCACUUCAAGAUUCAACGCAACUCUCCGACAAAGAGUAAUCGAGGAUGA